GGCGCCUCAGGGCGGGCCCGGGCCGGUCCCGUGACGGCGGGAGCUGAGGGAGCCAUGGGGCUGCUGCGCGCUGGGACCGCGCUGUCCGUGCUGCUGCUGGCGGCAGGUGUAGUUCUGAGGCAGCCCCAAGAGCCAAAAGAGGUGUGGGGAUAUGUGGAGGUUCGGAGCAAGGCUCACAUGUUCUGGUGGCUCUACUAUGCAAAUAACCCAACCCAAGACUUCACAGAGUUACCUCUUGUCUUGUGGCUUCAGGGAGGUCCAGGAGCUUCAGGCUGUGGAUAUGGGAACUUUGAAGAGAUUGGUCCAUUAGACAAAGAAAUGAAACCAAGAAAUACAACCUGGUUGCAGGCAGCCAGUGUCUUGUUUGUGGAUAAUCCUGUGGGCACUGGAUUCAGUUAUGUGGAUGACUGUAGCUUGUUUGCCCAAAACCUUACCACUGUAGUUUCUGAUAUGAUGGUUUUUCUUGGAGAAUUCUUCAAGUGUAGACCAGAAUUCCAGACCAUCCCAUUCUACAUAUUUUCUGAAUCUUAUGGAGGUAAAAUGGCUGCUGGAGUUGCUUUAGAGCUGCAUAAGGCUGUUCAAAAAGGGACCAUAAAGUGCAAUUUUAUGGGGACUGCUCUUGGAGACUCAUGGAUUUCUCCUUUGGACUCUGUGCUGAGCUGGGGGCCCUACCUUUACAGCACUUCUCUCCUUGAUGAUAAUGGUCUAGCAGAGGUGACUGCUGUUGCCAAAGAAAUAAUGGAUGCAAUAAAUAAAAAUCAGUAUGGCCUGGCCACUGAGCUCUGGGGCAAGGCUGAGGGUGUCAUUGAAGAGAACACAGACAAUGUGAACUUUUAUAACAUCUUAACUAAGGAGGUUCCAGAAGUGAAAUCAGAUGAACAAGAAAAUCUCCAUCUCAUUCGGCUUUACCAGCGCCAUGUUGGCAAAAUGCAUCAGAACAGCCUGGAUGAGCUGAUGAAUGGGCCCAUCAGAAAGAAGCUGAUGAUCAUUCCUGACUGUGUGAAGUGGGGAGGUCAGUCCAGACAGGUCUUUGAGAACAUGGCUGAGGACUUCAUGAAACCUGUCAUCGAUAUUGUUGAUCAGCUUUUGGCAGCCAAUGUCAAUGUUACAGUCUAUAAUGGGCAGCUGGACCUCAUUGUUGACACCAUGGGUCAGGAGGCAUGGAUCAGGAAACUGAAGUGGCCUGAUUUGGACCAGUUCAGCCAGAAAAGGUGGAAGGCACUGUAUGUGUCUCCAGAAUCCACAGAGACAGCUGCUUUCCACAAGGCUUAUGAGAACUUUGCAUUCUUCUGGAUUCUCAAGGCUGGGCACAUGGUACCAGCUGACCAAGGAGAGAUGGCACUCAAAAUGCUCAGGAUGGUGACCCAGCAGCAGCACUAGGGGAGGGGAGGUCAGCUGGUCUGGCUUCCUGCCCAGCACCAGGGUUCUGAAGGAGUGAAUCUGGGAUCCUAAGCCAAAGAAGGCACAGUGGCUGUUUGGACACACAGCCUCCCUCAUCUUGCUGAUACUGUGCUCAAGUGCUUGUGGAAAGGCAUUUUUUUCUUUGAAUGUGUUACUGCUUUUGAAUUUUUAAGCUGUGAUUUGCUGCCUUAACACUCUUCAUAAAUGACUCUUCCAGAGGGAAGUUCCCUGUCAUAAAGAAUAAACCCUGAACCUUUGCCUUGGAAGGAUUUUGUGCUCUUGCCCUUCCCUGAAUGCUCUCUUGUCUGUUUGCACACCAAGAGUAAAACUGAUUUGACUUGAUUUGCUUUGUGUUCCUCUGGGGAGAUGACCUGCUUCAUGAGGCUGUGGAAUGUUCCUUCCUUUGGCUUCUGCUUGAGUCACCUGGCUGCAUUACAAGCUGAAGACAUGGAAAUGCCAGGACAGAGGACCUGCCCUAGAGGAAUCACAGUCCAUCUCAUCUUGCUGAGGUGCCUGAAUUAGGAUCCAGGAUUCUUCAGACUUCCUGUGCUAUGGAGAGAGAAAAACAUCCCACAGAGGAGGAUUUGACCCUUUUCAUCUGACCAUUUGUUUCUUGUCUCCAUUCUUCAUGCCUGCUACUCAAACUUUAUCCUCAAUACCUAAAGCACAUCCAGCAGGAAUUCCUGCUUUUCUGUGUCCUGAAGCAGAAGGCCUGUUAAUACCCUCUUGUACCAAAGAGUCCCAACAGACAGAAGCCUCUUAAAACCUUCUAGGUAUAGCCAGAAGGAAAGGAGCAUUAUUUGAGCAAUAACAGCAUAAUUCUGAAAGGUUAGAGGAGUGUUUAAAGGAUGGAUAUACAAAAUCUUGCUCCAUGUCUUUUAGAGAUUUUUUUAAAGUUUUGCAGAGACCUAUUAUUUUGAAACUUUUUUUUAUUUUUAAUAAUACACAGUCAAGAAGAGAUUUGGUCAGACAUCAUUUUACUUUUGCUAUGGAGCAUGAAGUAGGUUGUUUUUUAUUGGUGUCUGAUAGGAGGCACAACAGCUCCUUCCAGCUGUCAGAAUCCUAAAUAAAUAGCAAUCUCUCAAUUACACCAGCCACUGAAACUGUCAUGAAAUACCUGAUAGUAUUGUCUUAGCAAGAACUGAGGUACAAUGCUGUGUGAGCACACAUGCAAUCACUCAGCAGCUGCACUAUUGGCACCUAAUAAUUGCUUUCCUUUUUCAUGUUCCCUUCUUGUAUUCUUGAGAACUUCAGCAAUGCAAAUCCAGAUUUUUUUUUUAAACGCCUUUUUCAAUAAAUAAGGCUAAUUCAUCUCUCUUCAGCAUCACAUUGAUUUCACUGCUUAAAAAUGACAUCUUUUCUGUUUUGGCUUUUAGAUGAACAAGAGGAGGGUGCUACCAGUGUGUAAAUUUGCAUCUGUGCAUUCUUGGAAUAUUUUUAAAUAAUUUGCCUAGCAAAUCA